AUGCGCUCUUCAAACAGGUGGUUCUGCCGCACGCGAAGAACGGUACAAACAAAUAUUACGUCCUGUAUACUUGAGAGGAGCAGUGUCACGCCAGUUGUCCUCUCAUUAUAAAGCUAGCAUGAUGUUCUGGUCCGUCACGCUGCUUGCCUUCACACUAGUGCACGGAACGACGGCCACAAUGAAGUCAGAAGCGGAACUGCUGGAAGUGAAUGGCUGGAAGGAAAUGGAUGCCCAAGGGAAUCCUUUGUAUAAAACACUGGCUUCGAAGGCUGCUUCGAACUUUACCAAACAUAUAGAUUUCUACCAGGUGUUGAACGAGGUGAUAUCAGUGAACAAAAAGGGUGAAAAGCACAGAAUUGAGUUUACUUACUCGCCAACACCAUGCAGCGUUCAAGAAACAUUUGAUUCCGCUAAAUGCAAAGCAGUCACACCCAAGGCUUCCGGCGAGUGCACUUCAAUGUUCACAGUGAAGGGAAACAAAGAAGAAAGCGCUGUGCUCGAUUGGGUGCACUGCAAUGAUUUCAUGGCUCCAAAGCGCCGUCGCUAUCCGGAAAAUUAGGCGAAAACUGAACAGUCCCAGGCAACAUAUUUUAACAGCUAUGCGCAAAGCCCACAUAACCACUGCUUCGUACCUUGAGAGGCAAAGAAGGUCUCGAUAGUGUGUCAAACAUGACGUAAUUUUUUCCCUAUAGAUGGAGCCCUUUAGGCUAAGACUAACGAAAAAAAUAUUUAAUCUCAUCAAAUGGGGACCACAACUAAAUCACCUAAUUGCAGUAAAGAAAAUAUUUAGCGCUUGACGAUCAGAGACCAAUGGACGGAAGGUCGGAACGAGAAUAAAGCGCACAUGAAUUAUGGA